AUGUCGCUCGAAAACAUCGAAGAAUACGCCGUGGAAACUCCCCGCAACCCAACGAAGGAAGAAUGCGAGAUUUUCAACGCGAAUCACAAGCAGCGAGCGGCCCUUCGAGGCCUGCUCACGAAAGCGUGCAGGGCGUCGGACGAGUUUAUCAAGAAAUACGUGCCUGGCGAUUCGUCGCGACGCGAAGCACUCACCCAUAUAACAAAAAUCGAAGGUAUUCUCAAUCAAAUCGAGAGCCUCGACAAAAUCCUCAUGCCUUUCGCGGCGACCCUACAGCCCGAGCGGCUCUCGAGCUGCCUGGAAAAACAACUCGGCUACAGACAGGCAGCGGGGGUGGCGCUCCUAGACUUGAGGGAAUUCGUCCGAAAGGCAGAUCGAUCCAGUGCAGCUGGGGCAUCCCCUUCAAAACCCGAUAAGUACGGUGCAGCCGAAUUGUCACGAGAUUCAGACCAACAGCAAGUUACGUUGCUCCAGCUCGCACCCACGCCGAAUGACAUCCCGAAAUUUUUUGGAGAAGUGAGACGCUUCCGCGAGUGGUGGCAACAUUUUGACUACGUCGUGGACUCGAAGCCUCUUCCCAUCACAGAAAAAUUCCGUCUCCUGAAGCUCUCCCUCCGCGGCCAGGCGGCCGUUUCCGUGUCUGAGUUCGGUCUGGAACCGUCGAACUACGAAAUCGCGAAGCAAACACUCAGGGAUCGCUUCGGAAAGGUCUCAGAUGCGAAUUCUCAGCACGUCCUCGCCGUCAUCGAGCUUUGCAAGCAGAAGGACAACUUUCGAAACAACAAGGUCAGCCAGUUCGUAAGUCUAGUCUCACAGAACGUCAAAGCCCUUGUGGGCGCCGGUAUUCCGUACAGUACGUUAUCAGUAACCCUGUAUUCUGUCAUUCGAGAGGCUCUGCCGGAACACCGUAGAGAGGAGUUCGCUCUGUGGUCGAUGGACAGCCCGGGCGUAUCGGACGACGAUUCUUGCGACCUCGAGCGCCUCAUGAAAUUUCUACAGCGUUUGGCCGACUCCGAACGAGCGGCGGUUAGUCAUUCGAAGACCGAUUCCAAAUCGUUCCGCGGUAACCCGAGGAGGUCGUCCGAGGCCCGGGCUGCCAGCGAGCCGUGGCAAAAAGACUCCUCCAGUGCAUUCACGACAUCUAGCAAGCAGGUAGACCACUCAUGCGUGUUCUGUGGCGAAGAUCACUAUAGUUUUAAAUGUAGGAAGCCAUUCACGGUAGACGAGCGGCGAUCUCUGAUCGAACAAAAUAAAGCCUGCAUGAAGUGUUUACAAAGGAACCAUCUCGCAGCGAACUGCAGCCGGCGUCCCCCGAGGUGCCCAAAUUGCAGAAAUCGCCAUUACGUAGUCACGUGCCCAAAACCGUCCGGCGACCCCAGCUCGACGUUUGGCUCCACAGCUAACUUCGCCAGCAGAGACAGCGGCGGGGCUCCCGACGGAUCUUUCAUACUUCAGACGGCACACGUAGUCGCACUAUGCGGGAAUAAUUCGACCGUAUGCAGGGUCCUCAUAGAUCAGGGAUCCGAGCGAUCUUACGUUUCAUCGGCCCUGGUCAACAGAUUGAAUUCAAUUCCGAUCAGCUCUGUCUGGCUGAAACUGUUGACGGUCGGGGGAGCCGUCUCCCAAGUACAGCAAUGCGGCAUCCAUGAGAUCUCACUGAGAAGCCGGUUUUCGGAGAAAUCCAUCAUCGUAACCUGCACUCGAUUACCCGAGAUCACCAAGGGUUCCCUCCCAACGAUUAAGAAUUCGCUCGGCCUUCUCCCAAUCGCAGAUUCGUCGGAUCCGUCGUUCCCAAGGGCCAUCGACGUUUUGCUCGGCGCUGACGUCAUGGCUCGCUUGAAGUUGAAGAUUUCGCACGAGUUCAAUAACAUGGUUGCAACCGAAUGCAUCUUCGAUUGGGUAUUCAACGGAGUCGACGUCCGAAGCCCCUCAGAACCGGUAACGAAUUCCAUGUUCUCGAUUUAUUCAGCUCACGCCAGCUCCUUCCAAGAGAUUUCCGGAGGUUCGCUCUCGGCAACAGAUGAAACAGACCCAGCGGACGCCAUUGAUUUCCUCUGGAACGCUGAGUUACUGGGCGUGGCUCCGAACGAGGAACAAAGCGACGUGAACCUCGAGUUAGAUCAAUUUUUCUGGACCCCUAUAGUCAGAGCCCCAAACGGUCGGUACACGGUGUCUUUACCGUUCAAACAGAAUCUCGAGGCUCUGGGCGACAACCAGAAAUUGGCGCGGGGCCGCCUGUCCUCUUCCCUCCACUCAAAUAGAGGAAACCCUUCGCUCAUCAUCGCAGUCGAUAGAGAGAUUACUGGAUACCUCGCCAGGGGCCUGGCCGAACCAGCCAGGGAGCGCUUGCCGGGUCAGCCGGCGCAUUAUCUGCCGAUUCUGGCAGUCGAGUUCGCUAUAGUCUGCGACGUCGAAAAGGCUUUCCUCCAGUUCCAGAUAAACCCGAACCAGCGAACCUUCCUACGCUCCUUAUGGCCAUUGGGCAUAGCGGAAAACCCUAGAGUGCCGGUUCGAGAGUUCUGGAACACGGCUCUCGAUUUCGGACUGGUAUGCUCACCAUGGCUUCAUUGUGCAGGCACCCGAUACCACCUCGACUCAGAAAUUCGUAAUCGCCCAGCGGACGCUGACUGGUUGACUGUCGUCAGAGACCAUUUCUACGUCGACGACAUUUUCUCGGGUGCAUCUUCCGUCCAGCAAGGCAUUGAUCGCAUCGAUACCCUCCACGAGGUGUUCGCGAGCGGACACUUUCCCCUCCGGAAAUGGGCGACCAACUCUGAGGAUCUCGGGAAAGCAUUGGUCGAGAGGUUCUCAGAGGUGAACGUUUCGUUCGCAGAUACGAAAUACAAGGUACUGGGCGUGCUCUGGGACCAGACCGGAGACGAACUGGGUGUUUUCGUCGAGAACGCUCUGUCCCAGUUGGACCAGGAUCCAGUUUCCAAAAGGUAUCUUUUGAAGGGCCUCUCGCAGGUGUUCGAUCCUUUGGGUGUCCUCUCACCCGUAGUCAUUACCGCAAAAACACCACUCCAGAGACUAUGGUCCGUGCGAUGAGAUUGGGAUGAGCCGCUUGUUGGCUCAAACAGGGAGGCGUUCCAUUCUUUCCGUAACAUGAUAGACAACACGUCCACGAUACGAGUACAGAGAUUCAUAUUUAGCAGACAACAAGUACUGCGCAGAGAGCUACACGUCUUUUCGGACGCCAGUCUCUCCGCAUACGGCGCAGUGAUCUACCUGAAAGAAAUCCUCAAGGAUUCUACAGUACAGGUCUCAUUUCUCAUAUCGAAGGCUAGGGUCGUUCCGCUCAAGGGAGCCUGGAACAUACACAGGUUAGAACUUCUAGCUGCGGUGGUCGGUGUUCGACUUCACGAGAAAAUUUUGGGAUCGUACACGCUGGAUCCGGACGUUUCCAUGUUCCACUGCGACAACGCAGACGUGCUCGGUUGGUGUCGCAGCGAGUCGGAUCGGUGGAAGCCGUUCGUGGCGAACCGAACUUCCGAAAUCCGCGCCAAGUCCGAUCCGGCAAACUGGCGAUACAUUCCUUCAGACCUCAGACCGGCAGAUAUUCUCAGUCGAGGAAGACCUUUGUCCGAUCCGGACACACUCGGAGUCUGGCUCAAGGGCCCACCAUUCCUAUCCAGUCCGGUUUCAGCCGAUUUCGAGCACAUCUUGAAGAACUCGGAGACUAAGGAUCUGCUCUCGGAAGAGAGGAGGACCGUUUCGUUCACGACCUCCGAGGUUCCGAGAGUGAAUCUCAUUGACGUCGAACGGUUUUCUUCGUGGACCAAGUUGGUGAGAACGCUCGCAUUCGCUCUCCGGUUCGUCAACCGCUGUCGCAAACGGUCAGCGGAGCGAUCGCCUCACAUAUCAACCGAGGAGUUCGCCAACGCAGAGAUGAGACUUUUCGGGAACAUACAAGCAGCGCACUUCAGCGACGAAAUUCGGAGCGGUCUGUCAGCCGUCUCCAAGUCGAGCAAACUCUUCCAACUCAGACCCUCUACGGACGGCAAGGGCAUCAUCAGAUGCCGCUCACGCCUCGAGCGUUCGACUGAAAUGUCGUACGACGGAAAAUACCCCGUAAUUCUUCCUGGGUCCGACCCGGCCGUAUCCCUUAACGUUGCUCGGGUUCACGGCGCACUCUGCCUACACUCCGGAGGCGUGAACUUGGUCAUGCAUAAUCUACGAGCCAGAGUCCUCAUACUCGGCGCUCGACGACAGGCAAAGAGAGCUGUGAAGACCUGCAAGGCGUGCCUCAGAUUCGAUGCCACACGAGCCGACGAGGUCACACCUCCGCUACCCGAGUUCCGAGUUGACGCUGGAUCGGCCUUCGGCGUCGUGGGCGUCGACUUUGCCGGGCCGAUAAUGGUCAGAAACGACGCGGGUGCCAAAUCGAAGAGCUACAUCUGCCUUUACGUCUGCGCAUCAAGAAGGGCUAUUCAUCUCGAGCUCGUACCCGAUUCGACGUGUUACGAAUUCCUACUUUCGCUGAGGAGAUUCCUCAAUCGUUUCCCGUUCGUAUCGACGAUCUUCUCGGAUAAUGCGCAUACGUUCAAGCGCACCGAGAAGGAGUUGGCGAUCAUCAGAUUCCACGUCAAAUCCAAAGAGGUUCAGGUUGCCCUCGCUGGGUUCGAAGUUCGUAGCCCGUGGCACGGAGGUUGGUACGAACGCCUGGUUCAAACAGUAAAACGUCCAUUACGGAAAAUUCUCGGUACCAACGUUCCCAAGUUUCGCGAGUUAGCCACCGUUCUGUCGGACAUAGAGAACAUGGUCAAUCGGAGAACCCUAACCGUCGUUUCUCAGGAUCCCGACGAACCGAGAGCCCUCACCCCCCUUGACCUGAUUUUCGGAAGAUCUGCUAAGGUCGUCGUCCCGAACACGGGACCAGUUUCGGAUUCGCACAGGACGCAAACUCCGCUACUGUCAGAUCGGUGGAGACACCAGCAGUCACUUCUGAAUUCCUUCUGGCGCCGUUUCCUCAAGGAGUAUUUGCCGUAUUUGAGAUCAGCGCAUUGGCGGAAAUCCGUCACUCCGAGACCGCUGAAAAUUGGCGACGUCUGUUUAUUAGAAGACCCGAGCCCAUCGCGAGCCUAUUGGCCACUGGCCAGAGUGACAGCAGUCGUCGGAGGAAGGCGAACAGAUUCUCGACAGAGAUCUUGCUCCGUAAAAUUUCCGGAUGGCCGAAUCUUCAGGAGGUCAAUCCAGCUCUUAUACCCGCUAGAAGUACAAAAAUUAGUGAAUCUGAUCGUUUUGUCAGGCCCAAUUUUCGGUGAAUUCAAAGCCAAGAACAGCAUGCCGCACAUAUCGCAUUAG